AUGCCCUCUGAGCAGCAGCAGCAGCAGCAGCAGCAGUUUCCAACGCUGCGGGACGCCCACCGCUCACCUGUGCAGCUGCCGCAGUAUUCGCGCACGACGAACGGCAAUGGGGAACCCAAGCGACGAGCUGUCGACAGCGACACGAGCGAGAACGGGACGUCAGGCCGAGCCGCCGCCAUCGCCCGUUGCGAGCGCGUGAGUAUGGAGCAAGUGCUGCUGAACCGCCGCUGGGCGUUCCACUACGCGUCGCCGCUGUUCCACUUCCAUCGCGACGAACUCAGUGAGUAUGCGCACGAUCUCGUGAAGGCGCUGCGGACGGCAGCGCUGCGUGUUUGUGGCCAGCAAUUUGGCUAUUCCGUGAGCAUCCGCAGCGCCGACGCGUUUGUGGUCUUUCAGGUUCACGAAGAGCGCGACCGCCAGCACGUUGCACAGCCGACCAAGACGGGAACAUCUGCGUGCGACCAGCAAGAGGCGCUGGAGCGCUCGGGCGGCUUUGUGCUCUACUUUCCCACCAAAAAAGAAGAGCGAGCGCCUCGCAAAGGAUGCGAGAGGCAACAGGUGCUGCUUUUGAGGGGAGACGAAGAGCUGCUGCGCUGGAUAUGCUCGUGGCUCCAGCGGCGCUUCCAGUGUGUCGUGAGCUCACAAGUGGUGCGCAUCAAGCAGCUGAACCUCAAGCGGCUGGCGCGCAACUGGACGGUGGCAAGGGGAGUAGAAGAAGAAGGCGACGCGCUUGUACGCAGCGGGUUCCCGACUGCACCAGAACCACUGCGAGCACCGCUGUUACUGCAAUACCGCGCGACGAAAGAAGAGGGCGUCGUGCGCACGUACACGCUCACAGUUCCUUGGGCUACGCUGCGUCGACUCUUCUGGCAGGCGAAAGACGGAUCUGGAGGCAGCUGUCCGUCCACUCACGUCCCAGAACUCAUCGAGAUGACAGAGCGCUUGUACGUUGACACGUUGCCGUUCGACUUGUCAACGUACGAGAUUGAGCGGAUUGAGAUGCAGGAAGUGGCCGUUGAGCUGGACGGAGGCGUGGAACUCUACAGCAUGGACCUUGUACACACUGUUCUAUUUAGCCUGCUGGAGCUGCUAGCCGUUCAGAACACCGGUGCGACGGCGCGGCCCGAGACGACGCUCUGA